AUGAACCUUCCAAAAUAUGAUGGAAAUAUUCAUCCAGAUGAAUGGGUAAACGAUUUUCAACAUUAUUUCAAUCAUAAAGAACAAUUGAAUGCAGAUAAUUAUAUAAAUUAUGCCGUAUCUUUAGUAGAUCAUAUUAUCAAACUUCCUGCUGGAAUUGAUUCUUUUGAAAAACUUCGUAAUGCACUUAAAGAAGAUAUUUCUUUUACUGUAUUCAAAAUUACAAAUAAAAGAAAAUUACAAUUAUUAAGAUAUAUUCCUGAAAAAGAAGGUGGUGAAACUUCAAAAUUUAUUUCGAAUUUUCGCAAAUUAUGUUACAAUGCCGAAAUUAACGACAUUGGGGAACAAAGGAAAUUUCUAAUUCAAUCACUUCCAAAUGAUUAUUUUUUAUCUGAAUUUUUUAAGAGAAGAUCAAAUGUAAUCAAAACUGGAUCUAUUGUAGCUUUAAAGCAUGCUGCUACAGGAAAAUAUUUAAGUUCAAUUAGUGGUUUAAAUUAUACAACUGGAAGCAAUACUCAAUUGGUUUUUGCAAAUAAUUUGCUUGAUCCGAAUGCUUUAUGGAAUAUCACAUUUACGAGCGGUUAUGAACUAGCUUAUUACACCAAUACUAAUAUAUAUUUACGACACAAUAUUUCUCGUAACUCUCUUGGAAUUUUUGGUAGUAGUUAUUGUAAUUCUCCAGUAUCUCAGCACACUGAAGUAAGUUGUAACCUAAACAAUAGUUUUAUUCAAUGGAAUGUUACUAAUUAUAAUGGUCAACAAGAAUAUUUACGUAGUCAUGAUUUUCAAUUUACUAUUGGAAAUGAUACUUUUCAAGAAGUUGCUUGUCAUAACGAUAGAUUAGGAGGUAAUGAUGAG